ACUGAAUUUUCAAUUUUGGCUGAAAUUAUCUAAACCUAAUCUUCAGUUCACUCUUCAGUCAGUAGGUUCUUUUCGCCGCUUCCGUCUUCCUGCUUCCUCUACAAUUGCCGAAAUUGCCUGCCGUCUCUAUUUCCUUCUCCCCUUAAUUGCUUAACCCUAAUCCCUUCUCCAAACUCCAAACUCCAAUCUUGAUCCAUAGCAAUCAGCAGUGAUGUUUUUCUACUCACCGCACCGAUUCUAAGCCAAAAAAAAACUCUGGAAUCAAUCACGGACAGUGAUCUAUGGAGCAACUCAAUUCACUUGUUUCGAUUCUCAGCUGCUACCCAUCAAUUCAUCAACAUCUUUAGGGACAAAAUUUAUGAUCGAGUCUUGUACAGCAUUACCAGCACUGAAAGUGAACCUGCCGAGGUGAAAGGUUUUCCCAUUUAAGAUUUCCUAUUGCACUCCUGAAAGGCCUGAAGCUUAUACCAGAUGAGAGUAAAGAAGCAGAAACGCCAUCGAAAAGCUGUCCGAUUCUAUGCAGCUUGCUUUGGUUUCAGGGAGCCUUUUAAAGUUCUGUGUGAUGGAACUUUUGUGCACCACCUGCUUCUCAAUAAGAUCACUCCUGCUGAUACUGCGUUGGCUAAUGCUUUAGGUGCCCCAGUAAAGAUUUUCACUACCAGAUGUGUUCUUGGCGAGUUGAGAAGCCUUGGUGACUCCUAUGCUGAAUCUCUUAAUGCAGCUCGUAACCUAUUAACCGCAAGAUGUGACCAUGAGAAACGGAAGAGUGCUGUCAGUUGCAUAACUGAUAUUAUUGGAGAAAACAAUUCUGAGCAUUUCUUUGUGGCUACUCAGGAUGCUGAAUUGCGGAAGAAAUUUCAAAAGGUACCAGGUGUUCCUCUUAUUUAUGGCCUUCGGAAUGCCUUAUUUCUUGAACAGCCGUCAGCUUUUCAACACCAGUUUGUUAGAUCUGUUGAGGAAGAUCAUUCACAUAUGACUGACUUGGAAUACAAGUUGUUGAAUGUAAAGAAAAAGAAUGUAGCCUUUGAGGAAGCAAAGGAUUCUUCUGAUGCCAAUGAAGACAAGAAUGAUGGUACAUUUACGGUUCAGGCCAUCCAAACAAAUUUUAGAAAAAAGAGAGAUUUAAAGGACACAGUUCAAUUCAAGAGAAAGAGAUCUAAGGGUCCAAACCCACUGUCCUGUAAGAAGAAAAAACCACGUGAGAAUACAAAUAAUGCUGCUUCAGUAAAGGAAAAUGGGAAUGGAGAUACAACCGUGAGAAGCAGGAAUAGAAAAAGGAAGAGGUCACGUAAGAGUAAAAAUGUUUCAAAAGCCAACGUCUAGAACUUUUGCUUCUCUUCGUUAUUGUUUGCCAGGUUGAUCGGUGCUUUUAGUUACAAGUUACAUUUGCCGAGUAGGGAAACACCCAACUAGAGAGAAUACAGUCUAUAAAGGUCAAACUUGAGCUUCCUCACCAGAUAAAGUAAAAUGCAGAUUACCUUGUCAGACACUUCGUUUGCUUUUUUCUCCUUUUGGUGGUUGUGGACGGGCAUUUGGGCUUAGCAGAGGGUGGUAGGAGAUGAUGAGAAUUAUAGGAAAUUUUGGGUUAGUAAACAUUCUACUGGUUGAUGCCUUCAACUUUGGCGUGAUGUACCCUCUUUUGAUAUUGUUGUAGGUUUCACUUUGACUUCUUUUUUUCCUCUCCUAGUGUAAAUUAAUUUUGCUUCUAAAUCUCCAUAUACCAAUUGUUGUAUUUUCAUUGUUCGGAAAUUCUAUUGAUGGUGUUUGUUUAUUUACCCUACAAUGAAUGUUGAAGGGGCGCAAGUUGUUUGAACAA